UGGAAGAAGCAGCACGCAUGGGCGGAGCCGACGAGGAAGAAGUCGCGGUCUUCACCUUUGGCCAGAACUCGUACGGUGAGCUCGGCCACGGCGACACGACGACGCGCUUUGUGCCCACGAAGCUCGAGUUUGCCGUCGGCAAGAACAUCGUCGACGUCGCUUGUGGCAACGAAAACACUGUGCUGCUCUGCAGCAACGGCGACGUCUACGCAUGCGGCUACAACGACAGCGGCCAGUGCGGCAUUGGCACUGCCCAGCGCGUCACGUCCUUUAAAGCGCUCAUGGCGCUCUGCGAGAAGCAAGUCGUCAAACUCAGCGCUGGCAACGGCUGCGAACACGUCGUCGCCGUCACGGAGACCGGCGACGUCUACACGUUUGGGUACAAUGCACGGGGGCAGCUCGGCCACGGCAACACGCAGCCGGUCGCUGUACCGACGCUGGUCGACGGCCUCGUCGGCAAGAGCGUCCUCAAAGUCUCUUGCAGCUACUUUCACACGAUCGCCGUGACCGAAGACAACGAAAUGUAUGCGUUUGGCCGCAACGAUUUCGGGCAGCUGGGCAUUCCGGAUGCGCUCGACAAGCAAGUGCCGACGCCAAUUCCGUUCUUCAGCCGCCAAAAAGUGCUCUCGGUCGCCUGCGGGCAGUACCACAGCGUCGUCUCGCUCGCAAAUGGCGGCGUCUAUGCCUUUGGCAAAAAUGACUUUGGGCAGCUCGGCGUCGAGUCGCCGGGUGUGAAAGCGUCGCCUGUCCGGAUCAGUGCGCCCUUGGACACGGACGUUGUCGUGCACGUCGCGUGCGGCUAUUACCACACGAUGGCGCUCACCCAAGCCGGCAAGCUCUACGCAUUUGGCCGCAACGACUUUGGUCAGCUCGGGCUUGGGCACAAGCAAAACAUGUACCGUCCGACGCUUGUCGCGACGCUGAGCGAGUUUACGAUCGUCGACGUCGCGUGCGGCUGCUACCACACACUGGCGCUGCGUGACAACGGCGUCGUGUACCCGUUCGGCCGCAACAACCACGGCCAGCUUGGCACCGACAACAACGUGGAUGCUGCGCUCCCGACGUACAUUGAAGCGCUUCGGGACGUCCGAGUCCGCAAGAUUGCCGCUGGGUUUUACCACACGGUUUGUGUCACGGGGCCCAUCCAGCGGGCUCUCGCGCCAGUCGUGCGCAGCUCGCUCGGGCGCGACCUCGGCUCACUCUUAAACAACCCGAGUCGCAGCGACGUGACGUUUCUCGUCGAUGACCGCCCAGUGUACGCGCACCGGUGCAUUCUCAUGGUGCGCUGCGAGCCGCUGGACGCAAUGCUCAACGGCAGCAUGCGCGAGAGCACAGCAACCGAGAUUGUGCUUCCCCACACCCGCCAUCCGGUGUUUGUCGCGAUGCUCGAGUACAUUUACACGGACGCAGUCGUCGCGCUCGAGUACCCGGCGGCGCUCGACAUUGAGUUUGUGCUCGAGCUCAUGGCGCUCGCCGACCAAUUCCUUCUCGACAACCUCAAGCUGUACGGACAUUGCUCGGUGCUAACGUCACAUUUUGCAAUAGAAAGUGCGAGUGGGCGAUUCAAAAGAGCAUCGAGCCGAGCAACAUCACCAAACUGCUCGAGACGGCCUACUUCCAGCACGCGCAGUACCUCAAGAAAUGCUGCAUCGACUUUGUCUUGGCGAAUUUUGGCCUCGUCAUUGCCAACCCGCACUUUGUCGAGCUGCCGCCGGACGUCAUGCAAGAGAUCCUGAUCGCCGCGUCCCGCCGCGGCGUCAUCAUCAAACCCAUGUAGUCGGCAAGGUGGAGCGUACGCAACAUUUUUUGUCUACAAUUAUACCACUUGGGUUUUCUACUUGA